CAAGAAUACAUACACUAAGAGGGGAUCGAGUAUUAGCUACUAGCUAGAGCACCUACCUUGUUGUAAUUAGCAAGAUGCAGGGAGGGAAGAGGAGAGAAGAUCAUGGCUCAAGAUCAUCAGGGCGCAGCAAUGAGCAACAACAGAUUACGCAUAGAAAUACUCUAACGCUAGCUACCUCUAGGCCGGGACAGCCUCCAUUCAUGCAAGAUCAUAUUCCCAGCAUAGGUUCAAUCCCUGAAAACACCACAACGGGGGCGAGUGGUCCAUCGCUUGGUGGUGUUGGGCAUCCUUGCAAUUCCCCGCAAGAUCAUCCUGCCAACAUCGGCUCAACCCGUCAAAACAACACAGCAGGGGUGAAAGCUCCAACACGGGGUGGAGUUGGGAACCAUCCUCGCUUGCUACAAGAUCACCCGGGCAAUGUAACACCAACCCAUGAAAACAACACAAUGAAUUGGCGGAACAACGGUCCAUCACGGGGCGGAGUAGCUGGCGAUCCUCGCAUCCAGCUGCAGGAUCAUCCUAGCAAUGUAGGAUCAUCAGCUCACGAAAACUACACAACAAUGGGACAUGCAGAAAUCCUUGGACCAGAUGAAAGUGCACCAUGAAAAUCAGCAUAUGUGUAUCGAGGAGCGAGCAACUGGAAAGGCUUCUCGAUCACCAGAAUGUCAUGAAAGGGGAAAUUAAGGCCAUGAAGUGACUACUAUCUCGCAUCCAAUAAACAAAGACGCACGUACGCGCGUCUAGGGGAAUCUUUCCACGUUGGGACCAAAUGUGUAUAUACUACUGUAUACGCGCCGUGAAUUCUGUAUUUAUAUACUAUAUCUAUGUACUGGUGUGAAUUGUAAAUUUGUUAGAGAAACGGAGCUCGAUCGGAGCACAUGGCAGGCCAGAUGUGUGUGGCCUCCGUUUACCAUUGCAUGAUGAAACGUCCGGAUACAGUGUAUAGCAGCACAACCUGUGUGUUUUGUUUGUUUGACCGUGACUGAAUCCAGUUCAUAAAUACAAGAGAUAAAUAUGUUUUGUCUUU